GGCAGCCGAGCUCCAGCCGCGCCGGGGAACCGCGGGGCCGCGCUCCGGGCACGGUCGGCGGAUGGACCCGCAGCCCGGCGCCAGGAGCUGCAGCCGCGGGGCUGCCGCCUGCGAGGGGCUCCCCGGCGAGCCCCCCAUGAACCUGUGCAUCAACACCACCACCGGCACCCGCUAUGAGCUCGCCGUGCCCGCCGAGGAGACGGUGGAGGGGCUGAAGCGGCGCCUGUCCCAGCGCCUCAAGGUGCCGAAGGAGCGGCUGGCUCUGCUGCACAAAGAGAGCCGCCUCAGCUCCGGGAAGCUGCAGGACCUGGGGGUCGUGGAAGGAAGCAAGCUGACGCUGGUGCCCACCGUGGAGGCCGGCCUGAUGUCCCAGGCGUCCAGGCCAGAGCAGUCGGUGAUGCAAGCCCUGGAAAGCUUGACUGAAACUCAGGUCAACGACUUCUUGUCGGGACGCUCCCCGCUCACCCUGGCCCUGCGCGUGGGCGACCAUAUGAUGUUCGUGCAGCUCCAGCUGGCGGCCCAGCAGAGCAGCGGGCAGCUCCAGCACCGGCACGUCAUCGCCAGCCGCGGCGAGGCGGGGGCCGCCGCCAGCCCCCACUGCCGGACGCUGCACGGCGGCGCCAGCUCCGGCUUCGCCCGCAUCCCCGUGGUGCCUGCGUGCCAGCAGAGCCCGGCCCCCAGCCCCACGCCCGCCACGCCAGCCCCCCCCGUGUACUGUAACGCCCCCCACCCCGCUCCCGUCACCGCUGGGAUGUUCCGGUCACACGGGGCCAGCACGCAGACGGUGAACAGCAGCGUGGUGUCCUCCUGCUCAGAGGUGGACUGCAGCACGCGCAGCGGCUCCCCCCCCGGCAGCAGCCCUGCCCCGAGCGCCCGCUCCCGCAAACCCGGGGCCGUCAUCGAGAGCUUCGUCAACCACGCGCCUGGGGUCUUCUCAGGGACCUUCUCCGGCACUUUGCACCCCAACUGCCAGGACAGCAGCGGGCGGCCGCGGCGGGACAUCGGCACCAUCCUGCAGAUCCUGAACGACCUCCUCAGCGCCACGCGACACUACCAGGGCAUGCCCCAGUCCCUGGCGCAGCUCCGCUGCCAGACGCAGUUCUCCUCCUCCUCCUCCUCCUCCUCGCCCCCCUCGUCCCCGGACCUCGCCACCAAAACUACCUCAGAGCCGCUGCCGGCGGCCGUGGCCUCCCCGCCCCUGCACCCCGUCGUCCAGUGCCAAAGCCAGAUCCGGAUGUGCAAGCCCAGCGGCGACCGCUUGCGGCAGACGGAGAACCGGGCGACGCGCUGCAAGGUGGAGCGGCUGCAGCUGCUGAUGCAGCAGAAGCGGCUGCGCAGGAAGGCGCGCCGGGACGCCCGCGCCCCCUACCACUGGCUGCCCAACCGCAAGUCCAGCCGCACCAACAGCAACAGCAGCGUCUCCAGCGAGGGCAGCCUCGACCUGGACUUCGAGGACUCGGUCUGGAAGCCGGAGGUCAAGGCGGACAUGAAGUCCGAGUUCGUCGUAGCAUAG